CGCGCGGUGCUGCGAGCAGCCGCUGCCUCAGUCUUCAUCACGUCCGCAGAGAGUGCAAUGGUUCCGAGUCUGUAAUUCCUGUUGCUUGGUCGAUAGGCACGGCCUGAAGGUCUGGUCACCUGUGGGGUCCUGCGGCAGGCCCAGUGCUCGAGAGCCAGACCCGCCAGGACGUGCAGGCCAGAGGCGUCGACAGUCAUGAGUGUCGGGGCAACAACUUGCACCCUUGCCCGGACUCUCCGCAGACUGCGGACGGGCCCACCUGACAAGCGGACUUAGCAACGCUGCUCUAAAAUAGAGGUGUGCGUGCAUGCGAAUGGCCGACGCUCCUGCACCUCUAGGCUGCGCCCAUGACAGCCCCGCCAGACCUCUCUCUUCUCAGCUGGAAUUUCGACGAGUUUUGAGAAGCUCGGGCAGUGUGUAGUGGGUCUGUGUGGACACCAGUGCGCUGGUGGCAUCAUCAACACAACCACCAAGUUAUUCAUUCGCCGCUAAAGUGAUCCUUGUAAGGUAGUGGAUGUGGCCGCAGGCAAUACUUUUAUAAAACUAUCAGUGCUUGAGCCAAACGCCUUCCUAGUGUCCCAAGGUGAGUGUGUCGCGCAAGAUCGACUGCUGCAACCACAUCAACAACAACAACAACACCCAUCAAGUCCAUUCAGACCCUUAGUUGGUUCCGUCAAACAGUCGGAUGGAUGACGAGCUAUCUUGGGUCUCCAAUGGCAGGGUGAGAGUGCUGGAGUGCCUGGCGCCGUGGCUGUGCAUUAGCGCGGCUCGCCCGGUGGGCUCCGUGGGGUCGGGGGCGGCACGCCACAACCAGCAGGAGGGCCAGCAGGAGCAGCAACAGCAGCAGGAGCAGCACCCAGGGGAGCCCCCGGCUGGCUGGCUCCGCGACACCAGGACCACGCCGCCCGACAGGUCCCGCCGCCCGCACUCGGCCCCCGCACCCAUCACCGCCACCAUGGUGAAGACCUUCCAGGCCUACCUGCCCUCCUGCCACAGAACGUACUCGUGCAUCCACUGCCGGGCACACCUCGCCAACCACGACGAGCUCAUAUCUAAGUCUUUUCAAGGCAGCCAAGGGCGGGCCUACCUCUUCAACUCUGUGGUGAACGUUGGGUGCGGGCCGGCCGAGGAAAGGGUGCUGCUGACAGGCCUACAUGCUGUGGCCGAUAUCUACUGUGAGUGCUGCAAGACGACGCUGGGCUGGAAAUAUGAGCACGCCUUUGAGUCCAGCCAGAAGUACAAGGAAGGCAAGUACAUCAUCGAGCUCGCUCACAUGAUCAAGGACAAUGGCUGGGACUGAGUGUGGGCCCCCGGCGGGCAGCGGAGCCUCAGUCUGCACCUGUGACCCCAUGGCUCCCCCACUGCUGCUGACGCGCUGCACUGGGGUUGACUACUAAUUCGUCGGUCACAGAAGGACUGGAGGCGCCGGGCCCGCUGAGGAUGACCGCUGCUUCCCUCUUAGUGUUAGAUUGACCUUCCGCGCCCGACUUACUCAUGCGCAGUGAUCUCAGCCAGUGCAUGAUGCCGGGGUGUGCUGCGCCGGGUGACUGCUCAACCGAAUGAUCAAUGGCGGAAAUUGUCAGAGACCAGAUUUCAUGUUCAGUGUUUUUGUAUACUUCUUUUUUUAUAUGGACCUCGUGAUCUGGAACGCCACACUCAGUUGUGCUGACGAAGACUUGCUUGCUGCGUCCACAGUGGAUCAGUCCGUGUUGAAGGGAGGCCUCUGAGAGCAGCAGCACACCCUGAGAGCUGCUGGCACUCAUCAUCAGCAUCACAAUCACCAUACUUUUUGCAUCACUCCCGACUGAGCCGACCCAACGGUUGGCGCCCAGCCACACACCGUCAGUCUGCCAGCCAGCUAGCUCUCGUCCAGUCUCAUGGCCUGUCUGUGAUGGGCUUUGCCUGCAACCAAACUUGAUUUUAAUGUGUAGUAAAUGUAAAACUAAUCUUCCCACCCUGCCACAUGCAAGCCUCUUAGACAGAUUGUUGUUCUAUAAUCUCAUUGAAAGGAAAACGUAAUUGGUUGAUAGGCUGCCAUCUUUCCUUACGGGACCAUAGUGUGAUUCAACUUGCCGCUGCAAGAUCAUUGCAGACACGGAGGAGAAGCUUGGGCUGCAGCUCAGCCAGUGACAGAGACCGGCGUGUGCUCUCCAAGGAUGAAAAAAGAGGUAUCUUGGCCACUUGAGGCUCACAAAAUUUUCCUUUGAAAAGGAACGAUUAAUUUCCGAGAACUUGUGCCGAUCAACAAAAACAGAUUACUAGUAACAGCACUUACUGCUUGACCUGUCUUUGGAGCACACAGAGUAAUCCUACUUCUUAUUUGUCUCGUCCAUAUUGUAUUGCACAGACCACGUGCAAGGAGUGAUGGUGUUCCCACUGUGAUCUUGUGCAUCUAGGAAGCCUGAGCAGUGCAGGCCACCUAUCAUGAUGUGUCUUACUCAUUGCCAUGCUAUGUGAUUGGACAAUAUUUUGACUAAUUUUCACUUGUUCUGUACUGUGUACUUUAUCCUAAGAUUGGUGUUCCCAACAAUAGACAAGAUCAAUGAUUGUGCUGCUCACAUUUCCACUCCUCAGUCAAGGUAUGAUGGCUAUAGGAAUUGGGUGCAUUUUCUGCAGUUAACUUUGGUUGAGAUUGAGUUGAGGUCAAAUUUAUGUUCUGCUUUUGCUUUGGUUCAAAAUGUACAAAAAAAGACAAUUUAUCCAUAAAUUAGUCCACCAUGGGUGUGACCUUCUGCCACACCCAUGGGCGGGCUGCCCACGCAAAGGUUACAACAUUAAACAAUCAAAGUUGAUGGGAAGGAUGUUUUGGCAGUCCCUGAUUUGUGUUGUUUUUCUUUUGUAUUUUUGAGGCAAUGCAUCAGUUUGUGUUGAUGAACUAUUAUAGAUCAGUAUAUUUUUUCAAAAAUGUGAUAUUUUUCCUUUAAACACGAGGAAGACCUUCAUCCUUGGCUUGAAGGACGGGAACAUGUUGUUGGUCGCCAGUAUCUGGUGGUGACUCCCACAUUGCUGCGGCUCCUUGUUGAUCUGAUACAGGACGCCACAGGGUCUGCAUUGAACUCAAGGAUUUUCUUCAAAGUGUUUUGUAAUGAUUCUUGUGUUCCUGAAUGAUCUUGUCUGCUAUUUCAGGAUAGCAAAAUAAAUUAGCUGGAUUGAACAAAUUGUCUCUCAACUCAAUCUCAUUCAGAGUCAAGUGAGGAAAAUGCUGUCACUCUCGUCUGGAGGAGCCGUGAGGGUCUCUGUUAGUCUUGAAUUACCUUGGAUGUUCUUAUCCCUGCCAGUGAAAUGUUUGCAGCUGUUCAAUCGUGACAUGUGUAGAACUGAGAAUGUUGGUUCAUUAUUAAGGUAUAUAAAAAAAACAAAGCUGUAGCGAAUAUAUGUGAGUUGAGGUUGCUUGAACAUUUUCAUAGCCAAGCAGUAGCCAUGUUGUAGAUAGCAGAGUUAGCAGAGUGGCGUGCAUCUUCUUGGGCGGGACGACCUUCCCGCGGCUCUGGCGAUGCGUUAGUGUGGGAGCUGAGGGAAGCCUUCUGUGUAUCUUAUGUAAUCUUUUGGUCUGCUUGGCUGCCUCUCAGCUUGGUGGUGGAACACUGGACACAGCUUUAAACACAGUCAAAGAAGAGGAAUCAAGUACCAGCCUUACCACAUUAUCGGAGGAGUCUUAAGUUUGUUUCAUACGCUAGAAUAUUAGUGUGAUAUUCAGACUCUAAAAGGAGGCAGAGAGUUAAAUUUUUCUUUGUAGUAAUGAUAAGGCAUUUUGUAUUGACAUAUUCAGUUUUUUUCUAUGGAUUGUGCAAUGAUUUUUAAGGAAACGGAGGUAGGGGUGAAGUUAUGCGGGGGUUUGCCACUCUUGAGUUAGGUUACGCUCAGGUAGAUAGACAGAGACUUUUUACUUCCAUUAGUUUAACUUUUCAUUUUUUGGUGCGUGGGUGUGUGUGUGUGUGUGUGUGUGUGUGUGUGUGUGUGUGUGUGUGUGUGUCAUGGAUGCAAACUUUUUUCUCAUAUAACCAGAAUUUCUUUUCCAAUCUGUCUAAUCUCCCUUCUCUAUCUCUGUCCAUGUCAUCUCUCUCCAUUGUGGUACCUUACUGGUCUUUUUUUCGCGGGCUGUCCAUGGCGGCCGUUCGUAGUGAUAAUGAUUAACAUAACGUAUCAUGAAUUGCCAACAGGUUUUCAGCACAUUACCUUGCCCUCAAUAGCUACGAUAUUGAUCCUGCCUUCCAUCUCUGCCAUGAUUAGCAUUGCCUUCCUGCGUUUUCCCCUUUGAUCUCGUUCGACCCUUCACAAACUUGGCUAGAUUGUGUUUUGUUGUGUUUCCCGGAGGAACACUCGCUCCCCUGCGCCAGGGGAGGACGGGGCUGUCCAGACCUGCUCCCACCAGCCUCUGUCCUGCUCACUUUCUUUCCCCCACACCAUCACCAGUCCCCCCUUGCUUACCUCCCACUGGUCCAAAUAUAACAUACUGCAGCAUAUUCUGACCUUAUUAGGUAUGUAUUUCACUAUGUACUGAUCUCAGCACAUUCUUAGGUAUGCACUCAGUGUCCACAACAUCCAGCGAGGUGAUGCGACCGUGUCAGCUCCUACUUCUGUGUGCUGACCUCAGUACUGACACUGUCAUGAACUUAGUACGUAGACGUGUUUCAUCAUGUGCUGACCUCAGUACGAGCAGUUCUACAUUUCAUUAAUCGUAUGCAAAUGGUCAUAAUUGUGUGAAGAGAUAUUUACUAAAGAGAGAUCCCCUCAAGGUGGUCUUAUAUUUUUACAUGGCAUUCUAGUCUUUCAUUCUAACCAAUAGUUCCAAAGUGUGCAUGUCUGCCUUGUGUUACAUUACAGUACUAGCUGUUUUUAUCAUGAUUCAUGGGAUGUAUUACAAGUGGAUGGCGAGAGGCAAAAGCAUUAUUGACUUCUGUGAUAAGGUUGAGAGUUGUGUGACUGAGAUAUUACUUAGGGCGUACAGUUGCUGCUCGGUGUGAUAACAUCCCUGAAGGUUACGGCUUGAGUACUGCAGGAACCGUUCUCAUGUAUUGGGUAUCUGAAUGUUUAAAACUAGACAUAUACAUAUAUAUAAAUAAAAAUAUAUAUACAUAUAUAUAUAAAUACUGUAUGUAGUGGGACUUCCCGGCUCUGUCAACCGGUUCUAGGGCCAUCUGGUUUGUUUUGCCUUUCGUCAUAACAAUAACCACUGAAUGUGCAGGAGACUUUGGCUGUUGUAGUGCUUUUGUGAUUGACAUUAUCAUAGAGGAGCUUGGAAGCAUUCACAUAGGUUAGUUUCCUUUCAAUGUUGUAUUUCACGGCAACCAUCUUGACACUGGUAACUGCUUUUAUUUAAGUCCGUAUAGAAUUCGUUCAAACCUAUAGAAACAUUUUGCAACACUCAGUAACGACUAAAACCGGUACCCUUUCGGCGUCCCUUCCGACGCCGCGCUUGCCCUCGGUCGAGUGUCUCCCCGGCGAUGGCGAACAGCAGCUGCCGUGCGCCCGCAACCGAGGAGUGAACAGGAGCACCCGGACCACAGUACAUUCAGAUUCUGUCCAGAGUGAGAGGGGUCCAUAGUGCUGUGCUUGCCACUUAUUACUUAAACCACUUCUCCACUGACUUGUACAGUUUUGUUUGUUGAGUCACAGUGUAUACCUUGCUCAUGUAAUACUGGGGAUAAAAAGAUAUUACGAAUGUGUACUCUAGCCAUUAAAUAUAUAUAUAUCAGUUUUUUAUCAGAGAAUAUAGGAGCCAGCAGGUGUCAAUUGUGUAUCAGUGCUGUCCACCUGCUGAGCCGACACCUUCCCGCUGAACCUGCUGCUGUGUUGUCGAGCAGAGAUGGUCAUGUUUGUUUGGGUUUAAAAGCGCUUUUUGUUGUUGAGUUCCAUUUGGUGGAUAUUCAAAUCAAAACCUCCAAUGUUGCCUUGAUGGAAGGGCCCCUUUGGACCUCCCUCCAGCCUAGUUUUCUUCGCUGUGGAGGCAGGCGCCGAGGGUCAGCCAUGAAGAGACCUGUGACCUGACCUCCACCAGCCUCUCUGUUCCUGCUUCUUGUCUUGAUGACUUAAAAAACAAUGAGUUGUUUUUAAUGGUAUGAAACAGAAUUGUUGCCCACCUUUGCUCAUAGUUCAUAAGGUAUUAGUGUCAAUGAUGGUGUAAUUGGUGAUUUGCAGUACUGUAUUAAUGUAGUUUCAUAUGUAUAUACAUCAUUUUUUACAACCAAGGACGACAUACUUCCUUUGGAAAACAUUUUUAUUUCCAUCAUGUGAAGGAUUCAGGCGGGGUCGGACCAGCAUGGAGAUAAGGUUCAGGUCUGUGCCACACGCGCACCACCUGAACACUACAAACUGUUGAUGUCUGUGAUGCUGGUCCUUCCCCGCAUGCGUAGUCACAGUCGAGCUUGCUGUCUUCAGUAAAUCUGGAUGAACCUUGAACCACGAGACUCAAAAUGUUCAAAUUGCGGCAUCGUUCCCUUCGUGCCAGUUCAUGAUAUUCAGGCGGACAGAACGUCGAUGACAGACUAAAAGACACCAUCCAGAUUUACCUCGCUGUAUAUAGUAUUUAUUCACAGGAAGCUUACAGUAGUUGCUGCCACCGAUGCAGACAGGGAUAUUUAUCUUGAUUUUUAUUUGUUCUGCCAAUGUUCAUUACGUCAACAUCUGGUUGAAUUGAAAAUCAUAAUCUUGACUACAGUAAACUCUCUAUUUAAUGAAAAUCUGAUAUAUUGGACCACAGAAACAUUCAAAUGGAGACUUUUUUUGUGUGUACAAGUGGAAACUAUUUUUUAAUUUGCUAUUUUACGUUUUUUAUUUCAUAAGGAAAUUUUCUGAAAACUGAAUAAAAUCAAAACAACAAUUCAUAUCUGAUAAAACACUAUUAACUACUGUAUACACUCUUGUCGUUACUUGAAACACUACCUUGUAUGCUGAAUAUAACAAUUUGGUGUUCUGGCUAAUUCAUCAAAUAGAAGUUUACUGUGGAAACGAGAGACCUGCUGAGCUUCUGAGCUGUGCCAGGCUGACGGUGUGUGUGGGUGUGUGUGUGUCAGGGCAAGCUGGUGGGAAGCCUCGGGCACCAGUGGACGUGGGAAAGUAUUGCAUCAUUCCAUUGACCGAACAUGACCGGCCGAGGGAAGGUCAGGCCAGGAAGUGUGGGUGUAAGAACCUGUUGCCACUUGCUGUAUAUCAUUUUGUUUUGACUGACUUGAAGCAUAUUUUUCAAGGAUUUGCUUUACGUGUUUUUCUUUAGCAUUCUUUUGUCAGAUGGAUCUUGCAAAAUUAACCCAACCAAAGUCAUAAUUCUUGGUGUAAUAGUGGGUGAAGAUCAUCGGUCUUGACGUCAUUGAUGUUGUUGUGAUGUUAAGUGAUUGCAACCAUGAUAUAAAAGGGAAAGUGUCUGAGGAUGAAGCUACGCUCGACUCGCUCUGACGCACAAACACUCACGCACGCCUCACCUCGCAGGAAGGAGACCAACACACGGCAGGGUCGAGAGCGAAAAACGUAGAACAAAAUUAGUUAACCUGGUAGCAGCGGGGAUCAUGUUUCUUAAUGGUCCCUCCAAGCGAGAAAAAUGAGAAAAAAAUCACCCCUCACACAAACCAUUUCAUAAUAUAUAUCAACGCAUUUCUAAUCAGUUCUGGGGGGCUUAUAUCAUGGCACAAAUUUGGCCCGUCGCUGCUACACGGUAAAGCCACAAAUUUGGCCCGUCGCUGCUACACGGUAAAGCCACAAAUUUGGCCCGUCGCUGCUACACGGUAAAGCCACAAAUUUGGCCCGUCGCUGCUACACGGUAAAGCCACAAAUUUGGCCCGUCGCUGCUACACGGUACAGCCACAAAUCUGGCCCGUCGCUGCUACACAGUACAGCCACAAAUUUGGCCCAUCGCUGCUACACGGUACAGCCACAAAUUUGGCCCGUCGCUGCUACCGGGUUAAGGAAAAAGUUCUUCACUUAGAAAAUUUGCUAAAGACAGUGAGAACCUUUUUUCUGAAUCCAGUGUAUUCCAUCCUCAUGCAUAAAGUAUUUUUGUAUCUUAUAAUGAAUGGAUUGGCUGCGUCAACGGUAAUCUGAGGGAUAAAUAUAGCAAUCUGCAUAACUAGCAGCAACAUUUUUGGUACGUGAAUGUCUCACAUAAGAAGCUGCUAAAUGUGACUUUACACAAUAAACAUUUACCUA